CGAACCACCAAGAAGGAAGCCUCCGCGAUCCUAGAGCGGCCCCCAGGUGCCCAGGGGCGGGGUUCCGCGGAAGGCGACCUCUCCAGGCCAGUGGUGGCCUGAGUCGGUCGUCAGGUUGUGUAACUGCACAUCUCCAGGCAUCAAGGCCAGAGGUAUGAACAAGGUAUUGAUUCUGAAGGGAAGAUUUUUGUAAGAAUGGACCCACACCAGAAGGUCCCCAGCAUAUAUAAUGGGGAUACUUUAGGGGAGAUUAAUGGAGAGAUUCCUGAGUAUGAAAAAGUCCCUCUGUAUGAAGACCAAUUAGAAAGGCACGAGGACGGGCCCACAGAGGAAAGACGGUAUAAAUGCAGUGAUUGUGGAAAGAAGUUUGCCCAGAGCUCAGGCCUUGUUCGUCAUCGGAGAAUCCACACUGGAGAGAAACCCUAUGAGUGUGAUCACUGUGGAAAAGCCUUCAGUGUGCGCUCAACCCUCACAGUGCAUGAAAGAAUCCACACUGGUGAGAAACCCUAUACUUGUAACGAGUGUAGGAAAGCCUUCAGUGUGAGGGCACACCUGAUUAUACAUCAGAGAAUCCACAAUGGAGAGAAACCCUACGAAUGUAUUGAAUGUGGCAAAGCAUUUAGUGUGAGCUCAGACCUUAUCAAACAUCAGAGAAUCCACUCUGGUGAGAGACCUUAUGAGUGUAAUGAGUGUGGAAAAGCUUUCAGUGUGAGCUCAGCACUCAUCAAACAUCAAAGAAUCCACACAGGAGAGAAGCCGUAUGAGUGUAAGGAGUGUGGAAAGGCCUUCUAUGUGAACUCAGCCCUUAUAAAUCAUCAGAGGAUUCACUCUGGAGAAAGGCCCUAUGAGUGUGGACAAUGCAGGAAGGCAUUCAGCCAGAUCUCAACCCUUAUUCAUCACCAGAGAAUCCAUACUGGAGAGAAACCCUACGAGUGUGACGAGUGUGGGAAAGCUUUCCGUGGGAGCUCUAAUCUUGCCAAACACCAGAAAAUACAUACCAAAGGGAAGUGUCAAAAGUGAUUUAUGUGGUGAAGAUAUUCAAAGGACUUUUUUUGUAUCAGAAGUUACCACCAAAAGAAGGGUAUGGUUAAAGUUAAUGUUUUAAUUGACGCUUGGUCCCUUGAAAUAUUAAAGAAGUGAGAAGUCAGUGAAAAAUGACUCCAUCAUAAUAAUUACCAACUAAAGCUCUAAAAUCACAUCUACUUCUGAGAAUGCAGUUUACAACUCAUAAGGAUGGAGGUUUGCAAACAGAGUCUUCUGGGUGGAGAACACCCUUCUGGGAUCAGCACUGAAGAGAUGCCAUAUGCCACCCCAAACCAGCACAGUUGAAUCUUAAGCAGUAACUGAUGGUGAUUCAGACCUUAAACAAGGAGUCCAUGUCAAAGCAGAGUUUUCCAGAAGUCCAGCACAGAGGAUGAUGCCUUAAGGACUAAAUGGGAACAUUCCUCAGGGGCUCCACACUGGACAAGUCCACGGGCUUCUGAAUAGUUUGCCCAAGUGAGGGAGGAGCUGCUUUGAUGAAGCACAACCUAUAUUGCCUCAAGCCAAGGAGAGGAUCACUCUGAGGGAGAGACCUAAGACACCUGGGAAAAUUCGCCCUGAAGUUCAGUCCUGUCAAUGCUCUGGGAGUGGGAAAUACUUCAUUCAGCUUGCACAUGAUUUUCAAUUUCAACUGUAAUAAAAGCAGCAGCCCCCCAAUGUAAAGUGAGUGGAAAAGUCAUUGUUCCAAAAAUAUCCCUCCCUUAUAAAACAAACCCUGACCCACCAGCAGCCCUAAAUAAACACCAGCAUAUCCAACCUGGAGGAAAGCCCAAUGAGUAUCGAGCCUGGAAAGACCUUCAGUGUAUACCUAAGUCCCAUUAAACAACAGAGGAGCCAUCCUGGAGAAGACUCCCGUGAGAGUAAAGAAUGUGGCAAAAUCUUCAGGUACUGGAAUGAUCUUGUCAGACAUCAGAGAAUCCUUGUGGAUAUCUUCAGUAUCAGAAGACUGUAUGUGAGCUCAAGUCUCAUUAAACAUAAGCAAAUUCAUUUUGGACAGGAGCCUUAUCUAUGUCAUGAAUGUGGCAAAGCAUUGAAGUUCUGUGAUAGCUUUGUUAAACAUUAGAGAAUCUGCACUGAAGAAGACCCAAGGGUGUGAAGAGUAUAGUAAAGGGUUCAUUGUGUUUCAACUCUGGUCACCAACCAAAGAACCCAUGCUGAAAAGUACCAUUGUGAAUGUGGUGAGUGGGGCAAGACCUUCAUUUGGAAGCCAGCACUUAGUAAUUACCAAAAAACCCACACUGGAAAGAAACCCCAUAAAUGUAAAAACAUAGGAAGGCCUUCACUAAAUGCUCAAUCUUAUACAUCAGAAAAUCCACACUGGAACAAAACUGUGUAUGUGUGACCACUGUGGGGAAGCUUUCAGUCAAAGUUCAGAUCUUAUCAAACAUCAGAGAGUCUUAUGAGAGAAGUCUUAUGACUGGGACACGUGUGGGAAAACCUUUUGAUGAACAACUCUCUUACCAAACAUCAGAGGAUGCACAACAAAAAUGAACCUCAAUAGUCAGAUAUGUGGUAGAGGUAGUAUAGGACUUUUUCAAUAUCAAGCAUCACCAUUAAGAAAAAACCCAAUUGCAUAUAAUCACUUUAACUGGUAUUAUUUUAUGGAACUAAGGACACAUUUUAUUAGAAAGAGACUUUGUCUUGUCACUUCCUGGGCAAAGUUGAAUUAAAACAGAUCCAGAUGUCUAUGGACGUUUAACUCUCUUUGGCACGGUUUUUCAUUUUCUGUAGUGAAGGUAGAGAGUAGGGGGAAGCCUUUAUAACUAAUCAAACCUUGGAUAAUCCAAACAUUAUUUAUUACAUUUAUUGGUUUUUGUUUGGAAUUCAUGAUGCUAAUUAAAGUAGUUUUUUCUAAGAAUAAUUUUCACAUUGAUUCCUGGGACCCAACAAGUAUACCACUUCUGUGAGAUUUACUCGCUUUUACUUUUUAUAGUGUUAGUAGAUCUGGGAAAGGCUGCAAAUAAAUAUCUACGUUUGGUAAGCCA